UUACAAGAACUUUAUGAAAUAUUUAUUUUGUAUUCAGACCAAUUCUUUUAAUCACAAAAAGCGAAAUGUUGAAAAGGGAAUCUACGUUUAAUUAGAGGACGAAAGAAAAUGGAUAUAUUAAUGAAGCUGAUGCUCGGACAAUUUCUGUGUUACUCCGUGUUGUGUGAAUACUGCCCGACCUACAGAGAUAGCUCUAAUGUUACAAGGGCUGGGUUCAACUGCCCCGAAGCACUCCGUCUUGUCGGCAAGUCUGACGUAUACUGUUGUAUUAACGACUCUGAUGGUACACGAUACUGCUGUAACGAUAAAAGACAAAGUGUCUACCACUCCCAGAUGACGUAUGGACAGGAGGCGUUCAUGCUAUACUGGCCAUUUUUAGCAAUGGGCGGGCUAGUAGCUGGAUUUGUUAUUUUCAUACCUUACACAAUGCCAAGGAUUGCAGAGGUCAAACAUGAUUCACCUAUGGAUUGAUUAGAAUUUUUUAUUCAAAUAACAUAAGAAAUAUAGGAAUUACUAUCUACUUGAUGAGAAACAGUUUAAAGUGUAAAACAUAUAAAACAUGGAAAAUGUGUGAUUAUAAAUGACAUGAAAAUACCAUUACUUGUUUUUAAGAAUGUAAAUCCUAGAUAUAUAACAUUGUGUCUUAAAUAUUAUCUAACACAAUACGGUAUGCACAUUGGACAUAUUUUUAUGUUUAGGAAACGUUAAUGCGUACUUCCAUUCCGCCACUGAAUUCACUAUGUAAAAAUAUAGUUCUAGAGUAUAAUAAAUUAUCUAUGAAAAUUAUAUAUUGUUACAGAUCUUCUAUACCAAUUAAAAACUAAAUCUACCAAAGAUUUGCACGAAGGGCCUUGAGUUAACCAAUGGCCGUUAAAGCAACCUUACGUACGUCAUUGGCACAUUACGUUUAAAACUAUGCAGUUAAAUAUGUGAAUGCUUAUUAACUUGUCCCUACCUAGUAUCUUUAUAAAAAGACAAAAUAGUUUCAUAAGAUUUUAAAUGUACUUUAUCAUACUUUUAAACACUGGAGAGGGAAGAACUAACGAAAUGUACAAUGCACUCAGAGCAUAAGCAUAUUUAAAUACAAAAAAAUAGAAACAAACAGUGUACUUUUUGUCAAGAUAGACAAAUUAAAAUAGUCAAGCAUUAACAAAAUAUGCAUAAUUUUAGCUUAGGCGAUUCAGUCCUAUGUUUUAUACAAAGUGUAAAUAACUAUCAUGUUUUAAUCGAUAUCAUACACAUGGACUUUUAAAACCCACUAAAAGCGUCCGAAGUUUUCAUUUUGAUCAGGAGACAUUGUCUUUCACAGUCAUUUGAUAACAGCACAUAAACUUUCCUGUAUUCACUGGUGUAGAAUAUGUGAAUAGGAACAUAAAAUACAUGUAUUUAUGUACUUUGAAUUAAAAA